AUGGCGGCCAAAACACUAUCAAAUCAAGAGAUUAUCAGUGCCCGGUUUAGCAAGGAUGCAUUGGAGUGGGAUUCGAACAAGAAACAGGUAGAAAGCUGCGAGAAAGCGUUCGAGGCGAUUAAGCGCCAUGUCCCUGCAUUCGCGGAUGGGAGCUCGAAAAAUCUCGACGUCCUCGAAAUCGGUUGUGGCACCGGCCUCCUCUCCUUCCUCAUCGCACCUCACGUCCGCUCUCUCGUCGGCGUCGACACCGCGCAGGGCAUGAUAGACAUGUUCAACGGCAAAGUGGGCGCUCUUCCCGACCCCUCAAAAGCCAAUCUCGCCGCCGUAAAUGUGCUCGUCCAAGAAGCAGAUGACGUACAUGUUCAAGGCGCAGCUGCUGCCCUUGCCACGCGUCGCGGCGAAUCCGGACACGAUGCGCCGUAUCGCUUUGACCUCGUGAUAAGCCAUUUGACGCUGCAUCAUAUUCCGAAUAUGGGGGAUCUGUUGACGACGCUGUGGAAGAGUUUGAAGCAUGGUGGUAUGAUUGCGUUGACUGAUUAUGAGGAUUUUGGGCCGGAGGCGGUGCCGUUUCAUCCGAUUGAGAAGCGGGAGGGUGUUGAGAGGCAUGGAAUCAAGAAGGACGAAAUCGCAGAUGUCAUCGACGGUGUGGGGUUCAACGAGGUCAGGGUUGAGCAGGCCUUUGUGCUAAGGAAGGAGGUUGAGGCUGAGGACGGAAAGCCCGCGCGGGAAAUGGACUUCCCAUUCUUGAUAUGUUUGGCGCAGAAAAGUUGA